UAUAGGUGAGUUCAAAUCCACACUGCUUGAGGAGGCUUCCUGAUACGAUCUCUCCAACAAGGUAGAAUAGUAGUUCUUUCAAGUACUUUGCACCCACACUGGUACAGGGAAGAUUUAUGUUUGAAUCUUCCUUCUUAAGUCAGAGCUGCUUUAGGCACGUAGCCAUAGCUAAAAUAUUUUUAGAGGGUAGUUAUGUUCACUGCGGACAUUUGGCUUUUUAACCAAAUGCAGAAAUACCGGUCCUUUUGAGAGAUCUUCAUACGUAAUUUUAGACUUGUUUAUGACUCUUGAAUUAUUUAUGACAUGAUAUCUAUGCACCUCUUUUUAUACUACUUGAAAGAACUUUAGGUAUGGAUAUUAAUAGGUUUUCUCCUACAUUUACAUUAACAAAUGUUAGUAGGACUUUAAAGGAAAAAAAGUUUAUGCUUUUAUUUAAAGCAUUUGCAUGCAGUUACAUAAUUGAACUUAAAUGUGCUCAAAGUUUGUCCUGCUUUUGGCUACCAGUUGAAUUAUUUUACCAUCAUAAGGGAAGCCCAACUAUUCUCUACCAGCAUUCUGGAAAACCUGUUACUAAGGGAACAGGGAACAACGUUUUAUUUUUUAAAACUUUCCUUUGGAAAACUGGAAGCUUUUUCUGGCUCAAAAACUGCUGGAAAUGAGCCAAGACCUGGAAAUCAUCAGGCUUCCUGGGGGAGGUUAGGACUUCUCCAGGAAAACAGAAUGUACUGGUCUGUUUUAUAAUUACUAUUUAGAAGCAAAAAUAUAAGGAGAUAACAGUGAAGAUAAGUUCAAGCAGUUUAAAAUAACAUUGUUUAUGUGAACUGAGUUAUACAACUAACACAGUUUUGCCUGCGUAUGUUUCUAGGGCCAAAAAUAAUUAUCUGUGGCGAUUCCAUAGGUGUUCGUGAGUUGAAUGUUAAGCUAAUACGUGGAGUUUCUUUUCCUGUCUUCUGCUCCCUCGUUUCUGAAGUGAGGGGUUUUCAGCGUUGCUCUGAAGUCAUGGAGCUACUGAGUAUUAAAGUCUCACGUUUAUGCUACACAUGUCUAUUUGUUUGAUAGGGUCGUCACUGCUUUGCAGCUCUCUGAGGAGCACCAGCUCUAAGACAGGAGGAAGAUCUGAACCUGCUAAACAGUCACUUAAGAAACCGAAGUUACCAGUAGGUCGAUUUGAUGAACCAGAGGAGUCCAAUGUAGAGAGGGAACCCCUGGAAAAAUUCCCUGAUGGAAUCAAUCCUGCUACAAAAGAGAGGGGUGGUCCUAAAGGCCCCGAACCUACACGUUUCGGAGACUGGGAGAGAAAAGGACGUUGUAUAGAUUUUUAAUGUAUAAAUGUGUCUGUAUUGAUAAUAAAAUAUUUCUGGUUGUUGAAAAAUAUAAUGUACAGAAAUAUCUCACCUGGAUUUGUUGUUUUUGUUUCUUGUUUCUGUCAUGCUUGUGUUUAAUUUUCUGAGGGAUGUUAUGUAAAUAAACAUGAUGCUGCAACUCGA